AUGCUUGCCCGCUUCAUGAGACCCGCGGCCUUGAAGCCGGCGGCCGGGAUCCAACGUCUGGCCCAACAGGUCCGGUUUAUGGCUACGGUCGAGGGAAGUGCUGGCCGUGCUAUGCCGGUCACUCGCCCAAGAGCGACGCCCAUCUCGCACGACCGAGCAACCUUCACAGUCAGGGAUGGUCCCGUUUUCCACGGCAAGUCCUUCGGCGCCAAGUCCAACAUCUCAGGCGAAGCCGUCUUCACCACCUCUCUCGUGGGCUACCCCGAAUCUAUGACCGACCCCUCCUACCGUGGCCAGAUCCUCGUCUUCACUCAGCCACUGAUCGGCAAUUAUGGCGUUCCCUCCUCUGCACGCGACGAGCACGGCUUGCUCAAGUACUUCGAGUCCCCCAACAUACAGUGCGUCGGUAUCGUCGUGGCCGAUUACGCCGAGAGGUAUUCGCACUGGACUGCCGUCGAGAGCUUAAGCGAGUGGUGUGCCCGCGAAGGCGUACCUGCCAUUUCUGGCGUUGACACCCGUGCCAUCGUCACCCACUUGCGCGACGUCGGAUCGUCGCUCGCCAGGAUCACGAUUGGCGAAGAGUAUGACGCUGACCAGGACGAAGCCUUCAUUGAUCCCGAGCAGAUCAACUUGGUGAAGAAGGUCAGCACCAAGGCCCCCUUCCACGUGUCGUCUCACAGCGGCGAUAUGCACGUUGCAGUCAUCGAUUGCGGUGUUAAAGAGAACAUCCUCCGUUCGCUCGUGAACCGCGGAGCCAGUGUUACGGUCUUCCCAUACGAUUACCCUAUCCAUAAGGUUGCUCAUCACUUCGAUGGAGUGUUCAUAUCUAACGGCCCCGGUGAUCCUACCCAUUGCCAAGAGACAGUCUACCACUUGAGCCGCCUAAUGGAGACCAGCCAAGUCCCUAUCUUUGGUAUCUGUCUCGGUCACCAAUUGUUGGCACUUGCGGCUGGAGGCAGAACUAUCAAGCUGAAGUACGGAAACCGUGCUCAUAACAUCCCCGCGCUGGACUUGACGACCGGCCAAUGCCACAUCACGAGUCAGAACCAUGGGUAUGCUGUCGACACGCCGACUUUGCCCGCAGAGUUUAAAGAGUACUUUGUUAACUUGAACGACGGCUCUAACGAGGGCAUGAUCCACAAAACUCGCCCCAUCUUCUCCACCCAAUUCCACCCAGAAGCCAAGGGUGGCCCCAUGGACUCCUCCUACCUCUUCGACAUGUACAUCGAGAACGUUCAGCGCUACAAGAACAACCAGGCCGUGUAUCCCGCCGCCGGCAAGGACAACCGUCCAAGCCCGCUACUGGUAGAUAUCCUGGCGAAGGAGCGCGUGGGUGUGCAGCCGGCGCAGCCAGCGGAGAAUCUGGCGCAGGCGAAGGCGAGCAUGGUUGCCGCCGCUGCUUAA